GCUCUGUAACUUCCUGCUUGCUUGUUUUCGACUUCGCAGAUGCGACUACGUUAAUUACGGUCUAGUGUCUUGAUAUAGUGUGUCGGUUGUGUUAUAAUCGUGUCGUCGAGGAGGUAAUAAUGUCAGGGGGAACUCGACUAGAAAACGCCAAUCCUCUGAUAUUUCAGCGAUCAGGGGAAAGAGUCCUGACUUCAACUGAUGAAGAUGAGGAUGUAGCGGAUCCCAUCGAUGACAGGGAGAUCUUCGAUCUGAUCAGAUCGAUCAAUGACCCUGAGCACCCGCUCCUCGAAGAGCUCAAUGUCGUGGAACAAGUGCGCGUCAAUGUGAAUGAUGAGGAGAGCACCGUGUCCGUGGAGUUCACUCCGACCAUCCCACACUGCAGUAUGGCCACACUCAUUGGCCUGUCCAUCAAAGUAAAGCUCCUGCGCUCCCUUCCUGACAGAUUCAAGAUUGAUGUUCACAUCACGCCUGGCACACAUGCCUCUGAGGAUGCAGUCAAUAAGCAGCUUGCAGACAAAGAGAGAGUGGCAGCAGCUCUGGAAAACUCUCAGCUGCUGGAGGUGGUCAACCAGUGUCUGUCCACCAGAACCAUGUGAUCCCAAAAAUCCUGCGUAGUCCUCACACGGAUCAGGAUGAACUCCUACAGGCAAGCCAGUAGGUAACACCGCUUCUGAUAUAUAUCUAGUGCUCUACUCGACGGACAGCUCCGGAUCAGGAGGACUUGUAUGUGGACAUGCCAUAUAUUUGUGAAUAUGUUCAAAAUGACUUUUCAAAGAAAAUGGAGAAAGUGUACAAUAGAAAUAAUUUGCACUGCUAUGUUUUGUACAUCUUGUUUUUGCCAAUAAAAAAGAAUAUUGUGUUUAAUUAAAAAUGUUCAAUAAACAUUCUUAAACAUAA